CUGGUGCAAAGACGUACAGUGUAUAAAAGACGACAGCCUGGGUACCUCCCUAGGCACCUAAUCUCCAUUACCUACCUAAGGUAUGUACCGCACUGGACAUACUCUGUCUGCGAGGGCCCUUCCACUGUAUGGCGCAGACAUCAACGUGGCCAUGAACCCCCUGGUCGUUGCUUACAUUGUACAUCCUGCUUCACAUACCCAAGGCCGAUGUCACGCCAUCAAGUCAUGUUCAGGACCAGAGACGCGAGCAGCCAAUGAAGCUGUGACAAGGCCGCUGUUGCCACUGAUAGGGUUCGAAGCAUGUACAUUCUAAGGCGUGAAGCCUGGUGGAUGUUGUAUGUCAGCAAUGGAAGCCACUCACGCACUGGCGUCGUCCAAAUACGCCCUGACCAAUCAACAAUGGCGAGGCAGGACCCCCGCCCCGCUGAGCUGCUGAUAUAACGACCAUGUCCCCAGAAAACACUCGUCCCCAAUGCCAUUGUCGUUGACAUACCAAUAUCCUAGUAUACAUCGUCAAUACAAUGGAGAGUAGGGUGAGAUGACUGGAUUCAGCGGCAACAAAUUUCAUAUCUUGCCAAGACAAUCCUGCAACCGUUUAGGGUUCCGCGAGUGAACGCUGCUUGGGCUUGUUUCUCCAGCCUACCUUGGUGUACUGCUGAGGCUAUUUCAAAACUGCGUCAAUGAGCUGAGCCGUCAUGGCGGACUGCUGCACACAGGAGAAAGCAAAACGAACUCGCAAAAGUCACAAUAAAGUCAGGACGGGAUGCUUGACUUGCAAAAUACGGAGGAAAAAGUGCGACGAAGAAAAGCCUUACUGCCGUCGAUGUACAAGCACAGGCCGGAAGUGCGACGGCUAUCCAAAUCUCAGUCCUUCUCAAAACUCAGACGACUCACCUGUCGCCUCUGAGCCAGCGACGAAACGUCUAAAGACAAACCCCGAUAAAGGAACCACCUCAUUCACACUCUCUAAACCACGAAAUGCAUCCCCAUCAUUCGAGCUCAUCCCCCCUCCUUCCACCGUCAUCUUUCAAUCCGACAAUGAUUUCUUUUGCUUCGAUUUCUUCCGAAUCCGCACCGGCCCCGAGUUUGCCGCUUACUUUGACAGCUCUAUCUGGCGAUCAUAUAUUCUCCGAGCAUGUUUCGAGUACCCCACAGUCCUACUCGCAGCGGCGGCGGUCGGUGCCGUUCACCGAAGAUACCAACUAGGUAUCUCUCGAGAGGCAUUUGAAUACUGCGACAUUUCAGACAAACUGUACCGACGAGCGCUCAAAAGUCUGUCGGACGACAUAGCUUCAGGACAUCCCAACGCCGCAGAACUCAACAUGCUCACUCUGAAGCUCUUUUGCAUCUACGAGACGUUCCAGGGGAAUUAUGACGUUGCACAGAUGUAUCUGGCCUCCGGACUGAAAGGAUUACUGAGCAAAAACAUGCACACCACCUACAAAGACACGCAGUACCGGCCGGUCAAUGUAUCGUACGAAAGCCUGAGAAGACUGUUUUUGAAACUAGAACUCGAAUCUGUACGGUUAUUCGCCGGACCGGCCACCAUUCUCAGCGAUCCGGAGGCCCAGGCCCUGACACCGGUCUCGACUUCAACCCCUUCAUCUCCAGACUGGUCUCCUCCUUUGGUCCCGGAUCCUAAUCCCUAUCCAAUCCCAUCUAAUUUCACAUCACUCUCCGAGGCACGCGACGUUUUAUUCACCGAGACCAAGUGGAUUUGGCAGACAUGGACACUGUUGGAACAGGGUGCACUGACAGGGUCCGGCUUCAGUCGACACCAAGUCCAUAUCUCGCGUCUGCUCCAAUGGUCCAUGGCUUUUGCAGAGUACAGUAAAAACGAGAUGAACCGCGGCAAGUCGCCGGACGGCCGCGCCUCUCAACUGCUCAAAGCGUACCGAGAGGCAGCAUACCUGUUGCUCUUGACACAGAUGGCACUCCACGAGCCGGAGACCGGUGCGGUGAUUGUCCCUCUUUGCGAUCCUCCCGAGUUGUGCGACUGUCAUCGAUCGUGCAGGACGUAUGCUGAGCGCAGAGAAGCUCUGAAUGCCCAUUUUGCCCGGAUCCUCGUGCUCAGCGAGAGUAUCCUCAACCGCGACUCGCUUUUUGCUUAUGACGAACACUCGAUCAGUAUGGACAGCGGGAUCGGCCCACCAGUGUAUCUCGGAACGCAGUGUCGGUCCACCAAGGUGCGGCACCAGGUGACGGCGCUUUUGGAAAAGAGUGAAAUCCAGUCGAGGGUAUGGGACACGUUGGGUGUCUACGCUGUUGCCGAGAAGUUGUCGAGUAUUGAAGAACAUGCCGUCGUUCAGUGCGGGGCCGUUCCGCACGAACUCGAGCCCAAAUGGGUCGACAUCACUCUGUUUUUGGAUGAACGGCGGCUCUUGUUGCGGUAUUGCACGCCGGAUAUGGACGGCCAGGGGGGGAAGAUGAGAGGGACAGGUCUUGUGAGUCCGAGGUAUGGUGGCUACAGUGGGGCUGGAGGAUUGAUAUGGACUCAAGAAUGGGCGUCUUUUUGACAAGGCAGCCACUACAAAAGGGUGUUGAUGUGUGUGCACAGGUAUGGUCAUCCUGGAUCUGGGUUUCACCAGCAGGGUGUUGUAUUGAAUAGCUGGUUCGAGGGAAAGGGGCAAAGAUUGAAUGGCCAGAGACGGUCAUAGGCGUAUGAGGAGGCGUAGGGUACCUUGAUGUAUGUCACUCAUCGACCCUAAUAUAAUGAUGAGCCAUUGCAGGGCAACACGCUGCAACAGAAAAACACAUGCUGUUCUUUCCGUCCGA